AUGACGACCCACAUACCAGCCUUAACUUUACCCGACCGGCUGUUCGCCAGCCCGGCUGCCUCGAUCCUCACGCCCAUCGUCCUAGGCAGUGCAGUGGGCGUUGGCGUCUCCAACAAAGACACCAAGACCACAUACAUGCGCCUGCGCCAACCACCUCUGUCGCCGCCAACAUGGGUCUUUGGUCCUGUGUGGACCGUCCUUUACGGUGUCAUGGGCUACGCUUCUUAUAGGGCAUACACCAAUGGCACCAGUCCUUUCAGCACUCCUGACGUGAUCGCCACCACGAGGCACGCCGCCACGGUAUACUCGGUCCAGCUUGCCCUCAACCUCAUCUGGACCCCUCUGUUCUUCGGCCUGAAGAAGCCUGUCGCAGCAACCGUGGACAUCCUGGCCCUGCUCGGCACCAAUGCGUACCUGACUUACCUGUGGAGCACGGUGGACCAAGUCUCAACAUACUGCCAGAUCCCUUAUCUGGGAUGGUUGGGCUUCGCGACCUACCUGUGCGCGGGCAUCGGCCACGUGAACAACUGGGAUCUGAAGGCGAAGGAGCCCAAGUCUGAGUAG